UACCAAUGUUUUGACGUAUGACAGUUGGCGAAAACCGCGUGUUCUUUCUUUCCGUUCCCGUCAGUUCACAAAAAUGGCAACCACAAUUUCUAAAAAGCGAAAAUUUGUCGGAGACGGCGUUUUCAAAGCCGAACUCAACGAGUUCCUCACCAGAGAAUUGUCCGAAGAUGGAUACUCCGGUGUCGAGGUACGUGUCACCCCAACCCGUACCGAAAUUAUCAUUAUGGCCACCCGAACAGACCGUGUUCUGGGUGAGAAAAACAGGCGUAUCAGGGAACUGACUUCCGUCGUACAGAAGAGAUUCAAUUUCCCCGAAAAUUCCGUAGUUUUGUACGGAGAAAAAGUAGCCAACAGGGGUUUGUGUGCUAUUGCCCAGGCCGAGUCUUUGAGGUUCAAGCUUAUCGGAGGUUUGGCUGUACGAAGAGCAUGUUAUGGUGUACUUAGGUACAUUAUGGAAUGUGGCGCUAAAGGAUGUGAAGUAGUUGUAUCCGGCAAAUUGAGAGGACAGCGUGCCAAGUCUAUGAAGUUUGUUGAUGGACUUAUGAUUCAUUCCGGAGAUCCAUGCAAUGAUUAUGUAGAUACAGCUACCCGACACGUCUUACUUAGACAAGGUGUUUUAGGAAUUAAGGUUAAAAUUAUGUUACCAUAUGAUCCUACUGGUAAAAUGGGCCCCAAGAAGCCUCUGCCUGACAAUGUAUCGGUGGUUGAACCCAAGGAGGAGAAAAUUCCAGACUUCCCAUCAUCUGAAAUUAAGCCUGUAAAACCUGAGCAACCUCAAAUUCCUGUUGGCGUUUAAGUGGUUUUUUUUUAUAACUAAGACAAAUCUAUUAAAAAUAAUUUGAAAACCAUA